AUGAUUCUACGCCCUUACGGAUCCUACACCCUUACGAGAAAAUAUGUUACACUCGAAGGAGCAUCAGUAUUUCAACGUAAAAUACCAUCUUUACUGCGUUAUUUAUCGCAGACAAAUAUUGUCGUCAAAGAGUCGUUAGCAACAGUACCACCAGAAAAUGUUCAAAAUGAGAAGGACAUUUUGGCAAAAAGGUUCAAAGGUCUGGAAAAAAAUAUAUGGUACGAAUUUCAAGUGCUUCAUCAACUGUAUCUUCAUCCCGUAACUCAUAAUGCUGUUAACUUAGGCCAAGGAUUUAUUGACUACUUACCGCCACAAUAUGUAAUUGAUUUUUAUCGUCAAUGUAUCGAUGACUCAAAUAUACUUCUUUAUCAAUAUACACGCGGAUUUGGUCAUCGACGUUUAGUGGAUGCUAUUGCUCAAGUAUAUUCCAAAUAUUUUUUUCGUGAAUUGGAUCCGUUAAAUCAAAUACUUGUGACAUCUGGUGCAUAUCCGUCGUUAUUUAAUGCUAUUAAUGGCCUAGUGAAUCCGGGAGAUGAAGUUAUAUUGAUUGAGCCAUUCUUCGAUUGCUACGAACCCAUGGUAAAAGCAACGGGUGGCAUUGCUCGUUGUAUUGCUCUGAAACCGAAAUCAAACUCGACUAACGAGAAAACAUCGAGUAGUGCUGAUUGGAUUUUGGAUGAGAAUGAAUUGGAAUCAAUGUUUAACAAAAAAACAAAAGCAAUUAUUGUUAAUUCACCAAAUAAUCCACUCGGAAAGGCAUGUUUAAUAACUGCUAAUUUUACCAUUUAUUUUGCUUUGUUUUGUCAGGUAUUCACUCAACAAGAAUUGGAAAAAAUUGCUGGUCUAUGUCAAAAGCAUAAUGUUUAUUGUAUAUCAGACGAAGUUUACGAAUGGAUUGUAUAUCCGGGACAUAAGCACAUUCGUAUCGCUACAUUACCAAAUAUGUGGGAACGAACAUUAACAAUUGGAAGUGCGGGAAAGACAUUUAGUUCAACAGGAUUCAAAAUUGGAUGGACAAUAGGACCAGAAAAAUUAAUACGAGCAUGUCAAAUAGUACAUCAGAAUUGUGUGUACACAAAUCCAACUAUGUCACAAGAAGUUGUUGCUCGAUGUUUUGAACACGAAUUAAAACGUCUAAAUUCACCAGACUGUUAUUUUAAUUCAAUAUCUAAUGAAUUACUGGAAAAACGUGAUCGAAUUGUUCAAGUUUUAAAAGAAUGUGGAAUGAAACCUAUCGUACCAGAUGGUGGCUAUUUUAUUCUGGCAGAUUGGACAAAAUUUAAUAAUGCUCAGUUUCAUUCAGACAAUGAAGAAUCAAAAGAUUUUAAAUUUGUCAAAUAUUUAACGAAAGAAAAGCAUUUGGCUACAAUUCCCGCAUCAGGAUUUUAUACGAAGGAUCAUAUACCAAUGGCCGACAAAUAUAUUCGAUUUUGUUUUGCUAAAAAAGAUGAAACUAUCGAAAAGGCAAUAAAAAUUUUGAAAAAUUUAUAA